AUGGUGGUGUGGGCGCUGUGGCUGCUUCUGUGGGCUGAAACAUCGGCUCAAGUCGACGUAUCUCGGUGGACCGAGCUGGGCGCUGAAUGCGUAUCCGUAGAACCUGUGGCAGCUCAAGCAGACGACAGCUGCGCACUGCUUCAACGUGGUCGCACUUGGAUAGAUGGUUCUGACAACGACGGAGCUGUGAUGCAGGUGACCGACGGGCCCGGAAGACUAGGCAAUAAUUUGGGCUUCAUUGUUCGUGGUCUAGUAUUUGCGAAGCUUUCCAACUAUACUGCAGUCAGCUUGGUCUUGCAGAAGAAGUACCUGCAAGAGAUCUUUGGGCGGAAGGUCACGGUGCCUCUUCGGAGUUCACGCCUUCUGGGGGCCCAUUCGUGCCCGAUGAUGAUGCUGCCCAGGGCCCAGGUCUACAACUUUGAGGGCGAAAGAUGCGAGGGAACCUCGGCCCAGGACUGCCGCACCCUGGCGGUGGAGAAUUUGCAUCAAGCUUUCUCGCCCAAGUUCCGGACAUGUCUGGACUCCGUUGCUGAUGAUGCUGACGAGGAUCGCAGAUUGAUCAGGCUUCAGCCAUGGCCAAGGCACGUCAAUGCACGUCAAUGCAAGCUGCAGCCUUUGACAUUGAGUGCAACCAACUUCCUCUGGCAAGGAGUUGACGAUCCACCUCCGGGGCGAGGCUUCAAAAAGGUUCGCAUCGUCACAAGUCCAGACCUGCGGCAUGCUUGCAUUGGCUGGAUGAAAUCCAAUGCCGCGCAGAUGGGUGUCAAGGUGCUGGUGCAAGCGGGAAGUCUUCUCGAGGACUUCUGCACCCUGGCAAAGGCUUCCAAUCUGGUCCUCUCUUACUCCAGCCUGUCCGACAACGCGGCACUGUUGAACAAAAGGCUGAGGAAGCUGUACUUCCGCGAGUUUGCAGACAAGCAUUCUCUUUUGGACUGCAA